AUGUCGGGACUCACCAAGUGGGUGUUUCUGGCUCUGUCUGUCACCCAGUUCCUUCUCGGAAUGUUGGGGAAUGGUUUCAUUGGGUUGGUCAAUGGCAGCAGCUGGUUCAAGAGCAGGAGAAUCUCUUUGUCUGACUUUAUCAUCACUAGCCUGGCCCUCUCCAGGAUUGUUCUGCUGUGGGUUCUCUUGGUUGAUGGUAUAAUAAUAGUGUUCUUUCCCAAAGCCCAUGAUGAUGGGGUAGCGAUGCAAGUGAUUGAUAUUUUCUGGACAUUUACGAACCAUCUGAGCAUUUGGCUUGCCACCUGUCUUGGUAUCCUCUACUGCCUGAAAAUCGCCAGUUUCUCCCACCCCAUGUUCCUUUGGCUCAAGUGGAGAGUUUCCAGGGUGGUCACGUGGAUGUUGUUGGGCGCUUUGCUCUUAUCGUGUGGCAGCGCCAUGUCUCUGAUCCAUGAAUUUGAGAUGUAUUAUGUUCUCCACGGCAUCAAUGCCUCAGGGAAUGUGACUGAUUACUUUAGAAAGCAAAAAAAUAACUACGAACAGAUCCAUGUUCUCGGGACUCUGUGGAACGUUCCUCCGCUCGUCGUGUCUCUGGCCUCCUACAUUCUGCUCAUCCUCUCCCUGGGGAGGCACACGCAGCAGAUGCAGCAAAAUGGCACCAGCUCCAGCGACCCAAGCACCGAGGCCCACAAAAGGGCCAUCAAAAUCAUCCUCUCCUUCCUCUUUCUCUUCCUAUUUCACUUUCUUGCCUUUUCAAUUACAGUAUCCAGUUAUUUUAUUCCAGGAUAUAAGACGACCAAGAUGUUUGGAGAACUAAUUACAAUGGUUUAUCCUGCUGGCCACUCAUUUGUUCUCAUCCUGGGGAACAACAAGCUGAGGCAGACAUUUGUGGAGAUGCUCUGGUGUGAGUCUGCCCAUCUGAAGCCUGGAUCCAAAGGAUCCUUUUCCCCAUAG